GAGUAAGUGAGAGAGAGAAAGAGAGAUGUUUGCGGUGGAGAAUGGAUUGCAGGGAGACCCAAGACUACAAGCCAUCUCUGACGCCAUUCGAGUCAUCCCUCACUUCCCCAAAACUGGAAUCAUGUUUCAGGACAUAACGACGCUGUUGUUGGAUCCAGUUGCCUUCAAGCAUGUCGUUGACAUAUUCGUAGAUCGUUACAAGCACAUGAACAUCUCUCUCGUUGCCGGAGUAGAGGCGAGAGGAUUCAUAUUUGGACCUCCCAUCGCAUUAGCCAUAGGUGCCAAGUUCAUCCCUCUACGUAAACCGGGAAAAUUACCCGGGAAAGUGAUAAGCGAAGAGUACGAGCUAGAGUACGGAAACGAUCGUCUAGAGAUGAGUAUGGAGGCAGUCAAAUCCCAAGAACGAGCUCUUGUCAUCGACGAUUUAGUUGCCACUGGUGGAACACUCUCAGCUUCUAUUAACCUCUUGGAACGUGCUGGGGCCGAAGUUGUGGAAUGUGCCUGCGUUGUUGGUUUGCCUAAAUUCAAGGGGCAAUGUAAGCUGAAGGGAAAGCCAUUGUACGUUCUGGUGGAGCCUAGCCAGUUAGAAGAAAUAACCUUCUAAACCUGUUUUACUCGUCGUCACCUCAAUGAUUCCAUCUAUAUCUUCAAGUACUUCCAAAACUAGAUGUAAUAUCAAGUUAUCAAGGGUUACGACAAUAAUAGAAUCGGUUUGAUCAAUUUAUGUAAGCUAAAUAUUAUUAAAACCUUAUUAGACUCCAUAUCUAAUAAUUCAUGCUGGUUAGAAGCUACUUUGCAUGUCGCAAUUGUUCAAAGCUUGUUUGUAUCAUCAAUGUUUACUUGUUGUUUAUCUGGUUAUUGGAUUGAAGUAUUUUUUUUUCUGUUAACGUGAAUAAUAGGUUAAGAAAUCUCUAUAAUAUUAUUUGAGAAAUCAGUUUCCUACAUUGAUGUUAUUAUUAUUAAUAAAUU